GGAUCACGGCUGAAUAAUCCAAGUCCAUGCCCGUGUGGCUGACGCAGCUUGCUACCAGCUUCCACGUCUUCAGCCAGAUUUUUCAGGCAAACUGACUUUUCUGCCUUUCGCAGCAUCGGAGCUCAUCACCUGCAAGCUUGACGAAGCGACGCGUUAUCAAGUAACCGCAGUCGCAGUAUCCCUCACUGCGGCGAUCCCUUUAUUUCUUUCUUGUUGAAUCGUUAUUUGUCGUUUCCCCUGCGAUUUCCCGCGAACGACCCGGAAGUCGCGACUUCUUUCACGAUCACGACCUCUUCCGAUCCUCAUUUCUCCCCCAUCACAAGCUUCAUCCAGCAUCCACAGGAUAACCGACAAUAUGAGCGUCGUCUACGAACCCCGUAAUUUCAUGCACGAUGGCUCGUAUCCUCCCAUCGGCGAUCACGAUCACGACCAUGUCCUCGAUCAGACUGGGCAAUACCAGGCGUCCGACGUCCCGGACCUCGCCUCCUACAAUCCGACGUCCUCGAUGCUCGGCGACGACCGGUCUCUGAUGCCGGACGGUCUUGACGAUGCCUCCGUUGGCGUUCCAGAUGCGACGCGACUCGAUCUUUCAGCGCCUCCCACUCUUGCGUCCCUUCCUUCGAGUCUUCCUCCGGCGCUUCCCGAGUCCCUGCCAUCAAACAACAAGGACGAGGGCGAGGCCUCGACUCCCACAUCGAGGGUUAAGUGCAUACCAAAGCCCGAACGCGAGGUGACGAAACAGCCUGAUGGGAAGUUCUACUGUACUUUCCCGGGAUGCACGGAAGAGACCCAAAUUUUCACCCGGAAAUGCGAAUGGAGCAAGCACAUGGACAAACACGAGCGACCCUACCGAUGCGCUGCCGAGGGUUGCGAAAAGCUUCCCGGCUUCACGUACUCCGGCGGUCUCCUCCGCCACGAGCGUGAAGUUCACGGCAAGCACGGCGGUCCCAAGAAUACGGUCAACUGUCCCCAUCCGAACUGCAAGCGCCAUACUGGCAAGGGCUUCUCGCGGCAGGAGAACCUUAAUGAGCAUCUACGACGAGUACACACGAGCGACGGUUCUAGCACGGUCCAAGAAGACAUCCAAACCGGUAGUGACGGUGACAGUGACAAGGCUAUUGGAUUCGGCGCAGGCAACAAGCGAAAGCGCUCCCGGAAGGGAUCUGACGCUGGUCUGGACGAGCUGCGCGAGGAGAUCAAGCGCGUACGCAUGGAGAAUGAGGAGCUGCGCCAGCAACUCGACAGACAGGGCCAGCACAGCUUCGCCAUGAUGUCGCAGAUUGCGGAGCUUCAGGAUGCGCUGCGGACGAACCUCGAUCCGUCCGGACUCGGCGCUCCCACCGCCACGAUGUUGUGACAAUCAGACGCAACGCCUGCGCCUCUUCCCGAAAGCGACAGCUUCCUCCCGAACUUCCCGUUACGGCGUUACGACCACACCACCACACCCUAAGUUAACACCCGGCGGCCACAACUCACACUCCAGGCUUCCACAUUGAACCCCCGUGCCCUCGACUCGACACCUCCCCGCACACACCAACCAUCACACCACGUACACACUCUUACGACACACGCAUCGACGAGGCGUUCUAGGGCAGAAAACUGCUUUUUCAUGAUCCAUACAAUUCCGUUUUGUCUCUUUUGGCCGUGGUCACACGACGCCGUGUAUAGUUUUAACGGCAUGGGUAAUUCAACAGAAAGGGGGAAACAGGCGUUCUACGGGAUAAUCGACACUCGAUUUUUUUUCUUUUCCACGGCUUUCUACGGUGGCGAAGAAAGCCCAAGGACGAUGACGACUACUUUUUGAUAUCCCCCCUCCCCUUCGACUACGCAGAGCGUUAUGCAGAGGGAAACCAGAAAGAUGGAACCAAAAAAAGAAGAGAAAUACCACAUGUUUUUCCGGAGUUUGUUUUCCACCCUUUUCCUUUUCCUUUUCCUUUGGACGGCAAAUGGUAGAUUGUACAUUUCCCCUCUCCUCCUCAACUCACGCCUCCCCCUUUCGCUUCUCAGGUUCUCCUCGGCACCAAACACAACUUUUGUAAUUCUACUACCUUGUAUUGAGAACGAUUAUUCAUUUUUUUAAAGUGUGUAGUACCAUAGACACGGGAUGACCUAUGAUGAUAGUAGGGCAUCCCCCAACCCCCAUAAAUCAAGAUGAAACUUCUCUUCUCCCCUUUAAAAACAACAUGAUUUUCCGUUUUGCAAUAUAAUGUGAAUAGAAUGGAGUUGACAGAGACUAUUUGGGGAGUGGAUGAUGAUGACGUAAGUUGGGUGCUUUACGCGUGAAGCCCAAAAAAAAGGAAG